AUGACCCUCCGUUACAACCCCAGCAAGAAAUGCCUGUGUGCCUACCAAAGUACCAUCGAGAUCGGCGACUCGCUCUGUCCUUAUCAUGGAUGCUACGGCGACAAAAGCAAGACAUUCUCACGCAAGGAUACAGCCUCCACUCCGGUGCCGAGAAAGAGGAAGAGAGAUGACGAUCAGGAGGCAGAAGAGCAGGAUCACGGACCUCAACUGAGCCCUGGACUGACACUGACUGACAAACGACAAGCAACCCGUCGCAUUAGUCCAGAGAACGUCGCAGAAGAGCGCGUCAAUGCUGGACCAUGUCUGCUGAAGGAACAAGCACAGCAACUUCUACAUGAUGGAAGCCCUUUUGACCAACACCCAGAUGCCUCUCCGAACAGCGAGAUAGGUCCUCUGGUAGAGAUUGACUUCCUUAAGGCGCCUCUAGAAGCUCGAAAGCUCAUCUACCGCUAUCUCCUUGUGCCGUCCUCCAAAUCAAUCACCUUCCCCAGUCAACAGGCCAGCAACACUUUCAGCGAGCUGAAUCCCGAACUACAAACCAAUAUCCUCUUCACGCACCCUGUAGUGUACAAUGAAUGCAGGCCGAUCCUCUAUGGCGAGAACAUCUUUGUGGCCCGGAGUGCGACAGAUUUUUUCUUGCCCACUGGCAUCCAAGGUCUUCGACCAGCUACUGCACGAAGAAUCAAACACAUCUCAAUCGUCAGGAAAGGUACGGCGAACCAAUGCGACAUCACCAGCCACGCGCUGGCGUCGUCCUUGCACAGCAUGGUUCUUCAAUCCCCAGCUUUCCUCGGCCUUCGCACCAUCACCUUCCGCUUCGAGGUCGGCCGACCAGUCCACAUGAACCUGUUCACUCUACAGAUGUACCUCAGCAGCCAUAACGUGACAGCUGAUGUCCGAGCGAUGUACAAGAAGGCCAAGGUUGUAAAAGACGCGGCUGCGAAAGUGGCGUUCAAAGCACUGCAGAAGGGCUCGCCGUUCCAAGGACUGUGUCUUGUUGAAGAGUCAGAGCAUACCAUCUGGAUUCCGGGAAGAGGACGAGGAAGUCAUACCGUGAAUGUGAAUGAAGUGUGCCUGUUCAGGACCUCCGAGGCUGGCGACACAUACGAGGAGGAAAAGCAGAUGUUGCGCACAUCAAUCUUGGACGUGCUGCGUGGCGAAAAACUGAACGAUGUGCCAGGAGCGGAUCGACGAUACGAGUGGUUCUGCAGGAAAUGUCCCAAUUGA